GAGAGAGAGAGAGAGAGAGAGAGAGAGAGAGAGAGAAGUAGUGCGAGAUAUACGGGAAUGCGGAAAGGCUCAAUCCUAUGACUAGUAUGGGAGUUUCCGAAUAAUCCUCUUCUUUCUUUAUACUCCACUAGUAUUACUCUGCAUCUCACGUUCCAUUGAGAACCAGAAAAUAGGGACCAAAUCAGACCAGCUGCUCAUUCUUCCAAAUCGCUUUGUGAUCUCAAUAGCCCUCGUCCUCCUCGUCGCUCCCAUGGCUUUCCUUCUUUAGGAUCCUUCUUUAGCCCCUUCUUCACCUGCACCCACCCCCUUUCCUUCCAAGUGGAAGGAGAUCCGAUGAGACAUACUCUCUUACCUGGCAUCAAGCACUUUGAACUCAACCUUGGGAUUCUCAUCGCUAUUGUGGUAAAGCAUAUAUAGCAAUGGAGGACAAUGGGGGAGGCAAGGUGACUGGAAUACGGCAGAUUGUUAAGCUGAAGGAACUUCUCCAAAAGUGGCAAUCUGUCACCCUUGGCUCAAAGGGUAACGACGAUGUCCCCUCUGAUCGACCCCACGCGGGCAUUUCACCGGCAAUAAGCAAGAGGUUGAGGAGCUUCAACACAUGUGAUUCAGAUGAGGAUGGUUGCCAGAGCCCUGAACCACCCCAUGACAUCCCCAAAGGAUACAUGGCUGUUUAUGUUGGUCCAGAGCUUAGGAGGUUUGUUAUUCCUACUAGCUAUCUUAGCGACCCAGUAUUCAAGGUAUUGCUGGAAAAGGUGGAGGAGGAGUUUGGGUUUGAUCAUAGCGGUGCCCUCACAAUCCCUUGUGAGAUAGAGACCUUCAAGUACCUCCUCAAGGUCAUGGAAACCCAUCAAGAUGAUCAUCCUGCAGAAGAAGACAACACAGGUUUGUUUCAGUAUUUCCUUGACAUCAUGACCACAAUGAAUACAUAUGUCAUAGCUAGUGUUUUAAAAUGAUCAAGGCAUCUAAAUUAAUAUGCAAUCCUAACUUACUAAAUGGCGACAAAAAGGAGGUUCCCCUCCAUUGAAACAACUUGUUUGAUGCAAAUACUACUUCAUGUGGAUCGAUCCAAUGGUCCAGAGGUGGUUAUAUUUUUUUGUUUUUUGUUUUAUCCUAUGUGUUCUUGGUGAUUUUGCAGCUGGGACAUCAUUAGCCGUUGAAGAAUAAGUAAUUAUCCUGACACAAAUGAUAGGGACGAUGACCGGUGUAAAGCAAGGUCUCCUUGUGUGCAAAUUUUUUCCCCCCCUUUUUCUCUGGGAAAAAAAUAGGAGCUUUUAAUUAGAAUGUUUUCUGGAGACAUGUUGGGGAAUGUCUGGCAGUUAUCAAAUGCUCGCCUUUCCUUGUCUCUUGGUUGUGAGGUGACAUAUGUUUGGUGUUUGUUUAGCAAAUUGCCCAACUGUACUUCACAAUUCAUAUUCUCUUCUAAUUAACUAAGAUUCGUCGUUGUGAAAAUAUGAAUUCGGCAUCAGUUCUAAUUAAUUGUAUUGCCACGUACUUUAUCGUGAAAUGUUAAGUUCGUCGUUGUGAAAA